AUGAAGAAACUUGUAAUGGCGGUGCUUGUGCUGUGUUUUGUGCACGCAGAAAGGACAGAGCACAGGCCCAAGCACCCAGCACAGAUGCUGGUGGAGAACAUUAGAAACACUGCGAAAUGGUUUGGCAAGCAGUUUGGCCAGAAAAGCAGGUUGUACGAUAGAGAAGAAGACGAGCACUAUUCGGACGAGUCGUACAGCGCGCACUGCACUCCGGCAGAGGCGCUGAGCAGACUGAAGGCCCACAUCAGGCAGGAAAGAACCCUGGAAGACCUGUACCAAACGCAAGACAGGUGUCUAAGCGCGCAUUUUGGGAAGGACACAGCGCGUGCGCUUGGAGGCCAUAGGAGAGAAAGCGAGACGCACAUGCACGCCAGAGAAAUGGAGGAGGGUGGAGACAGGGGCGAAUAUAAACACGGAUACAACAGAAGGCGAGAAGGCGACAUGUACUGCAAGUAUCCCUUCUCCAGGAACCACAGGGGGGAGUGCAUGCCGGCUGGGGAAAGAAGAAAAGAAGAGCGCUGGCCUGCGCACAAUAGAGAGCACGAGCCUGACAUUUCAUAUAGCCUUCGAGAUCUGGUCGGCAAAGGAAAGGACAUGCUCAACCGUGCAAUAAGAAGUAUAAACAAUGAAGACGACAGAAACAGCCAAUAUCCGCCCAGUCCAGACGGCAACUACAAUCCAAACAACAGUUAUAACCCAAACAGCAGCUACAACCCAAACAGCAACUAUAACCCAAACAACAGCUAUAACCCAAACAGCAACUACAACCCAAACAACAGCUACAACCCAAACAGCAACUACAACCCAAACAGCAACUAUAACCCAAAUAACAGAUACAACCCAGACGAAAGCACUUACCACGAAAACACUACGCCGGCGCCCAUGUACUGCACUCUUUCCGACAAAAAAAUAGUCCCGUACAUAAUUGCAUAUGGCCCGCCAGACGAGAGGAAAAGGCGGAUAUUUAUUAACUUCAUAAACGACAGCAUGUCAGGCUUCAACGAGGGACACGACAAUAAAAACCCUCUGAAAAAACUAAACGUGGUUGACACAGUUCUCACAAGCCCCCUCACCCUUUCCGAUCUCUCCGGGCUGGUUUCAAAGAUACAAACCCUAUCUUCUUUCACAAGCAUAGUCCACAUUACCAUAAAUGACACCCCAAUUGUGCGGGUGCACCAGGAGCAUCUGCUGCAUCCAAUGUGCACCGAAGGGACUCUGUGCCUGGCUGAGAGCAGGUGCCAGCACACUUCGCCGGAGCACUGCGAGAAAACCGACCACUGCACCUCGCCCAUGAUACACAGCUUUAUGCGCUCAAUACCCAAAAACAAAAGAACCGACCAGACAAUGCUCACCGUGUACAACUCCCGUAAAAGAGAGUUCAGCAUAGAAAGCAUUUUCCUGCAGCACAAAAAGGUGCAAAACAGCUAUAUAAAGUACGUCGACAUAGAAGCUCCUCUCCAAGAGGCUGCGCCUGUAAGUGAAAAAACCAUCAUGCAAAUACAGACUGCCAUUUUGGACAGCAAGCUAGAAAGCAGUCGCUACAGCCGCCCGUCCAAGCCCGUGUUCAUCAUAGAGUCCAACAACACGCGCGGCUUCGUUAUAUUUCUUCUGGUCAAGCAGAUUAUAGAAGACAGCAGCCAGCACUACAUAGACGCAAACAUAAAAAAUCACAUGUCUGACAUGUACCUAAACAUAUUCAGAGAGGAGGUGGGCACAGACAUGGUGGACGCUGUUGUGCGCCAAGACAUAAACGCGCUGGUGCACGCGCUGAACGCCGCCAGAAGCCAGCAGCAGAGAUACCCGCCUGACGGCUCCAUGUCUGGGGGCGGCCCAGGCCAAAACAACCAUUCCUGGCCCCAAAGCCAUCCAAAUGGAAUGCCCGGCAAUGCGCCGCCGCAGAGUAUGCCAGGGCAUCCCAGAUAUCCGCCGCAGGGCCCGGGCGGGCAAUACCCAAACCAAGCAGGAGGCUCUGCAGACAACUUUCCGCGAAACUAUAAUUAG